AUGUUAAAAGAAGAGGCUAAACCCAAGAAAGUGAAAUCCAAUCUGAACCUGGUUCUGUGUGGGAGGAGAGGAGCAGUGAAGACGUCAGCAGCCAAGGCCAUUUUAGGUCAGACUGAGCUUCAUUCAGUCUCCAACUCAUCAGAGUGUGUUAAACAUCAGGGAGAGGUGUGUGGACGUUGGGUUUCCCUGGUGGAGCUGCCUGCCUUGUAUGGAAAACCUCAGGAGGCAGUGAUGGAGGAAUCAUUCAAGUGUAUCUCCCUCUGUCAGGCAAUCCAUGCCUUCAUCCUGGUCCUACCUGUGGCUCCCCUCGCUGAUGAAGACAAGAGAGAGUUAGAGACCAUCCAGAACACAUUCAGCUCUCGAGUCAAUGACUUCACCAUGAUUCUGUUCACUGUGGACUCAGGUCCUACAGAUCCAGCUGUUGGUAACUUUUUCAAGGAAAACCAGGACAUCCAGAAGCUCCUUCAGACCUUCAGACAGAGACAUGUGGUUCUCAAUAUCAAGGCUAAACAGCAGAGGGAUAGCUUAGAGACCAUGCUUCAGACUGUGGAUAAAAUGAGCCUGUCUGAAAAGAGCAUGGGCAAACCACACUGUUAUACAGCUAUAACAUUUCUACAUGCACAAAUGGAGAAAGUCUUACAACAAGAGCAAAUCAUUAAGACGCAUCAAGAUGAAGCUAGGAAACUGAAGAUGAACAUGAUCACUGGCUCAGACUGUCUCAGGAUUGUGCUGAUUGGAAAGACCGGCUGUGGAAAGAGCUCUACAGGAAACACCAUUUUAGGAAGAGAUGAGUUUAAAGCUGAAUCAAGUCAAAUAUCAGUCACACAACAAUGUCAGAAAGUACACGGUGAGGUGGAUGGUCGUCCUGUUGUUGUGGUCGACACUCCUGGUCUGUUUGACACAAGUUUGUCCAAUGAGGACAUUCAAGAGGAGAUGGUGAAAUGUAUCAGUCUCCUGGCUCCAGGACCACAUGUCUUCUUGGUGGUGAUACAGGUUGGCAGAUUCACAGAAGAGGAGAAGGAGACAUUAAAACUCAUCAAGAAAUUCUUUGGGAAGAAUUCAGAAAAGUUCACCAUUGUUCUUUUAACCAGAGGAGAUGAUCUGGAGCAUCAGGGAGAGUCUAUUGAUGAUUACAUCAAGAACAAAUGUCACAGUUCCUUUAAGAAGCUGAUCUCUGACUGUGGAGGAAGAUACCAUGUGUUCAAUAACUCUGACAAACAAAACCAAAAACAAGUCACUGAAUUGAUAGCAAAGAUUGACACCAUGGUGAAGGACAAUGGAGGCAUCUACUUCACCAAUAAGAUGCUGCAAGAGGCUGAAACUGCGAUACAGAUGAAAAUGGAGAGCAUUCUAAAGAAGAAGGAAGAAGAGAUUCAGAGAAAAUACAAUGAAGAAAUGAAAACCAUUAAGCAAACCAUAGAAAAAGAGAGAAAACAAAUGGAACAGGAGAGACAAAAAAAAGCCAAAGAACUCCAGGAAAUGGAGGAGAAAAUUAGGUUCGAACAAGAGAGGAGAAGAAAAGAAGAACAAAUUAGAAAUGAACAAGAAAUCAAUAAGAAAAAGGAAGUAGAAAGAUAUCGAGAGAAUUUUAACAAACAGAUUGAAAUUGUGGAUAAACAAAUUCAGUCAGAAAAAGAGGAAAAGAAAAAUGUGGACACAAAACUGGAAGAAAGCAGAGAACAGCUGAGAAAACAACAAGAAGAGUGGGAGAAAGAACAGAAAGAAUGGUGGGAGAAACAACGGCAAGAAGAAGAGAAGAGACGAGAGGAAGAGCAAAAAAUCAAAGAGCUUGAAGAAAAGUACAAACAAGAAAAGCAAAUAUAUGAAAACAAACUUAAGGAAGAUCAACUCAGAAGAGAACAGGAGGAAAAGGAGAAAAAAGAACUGGAGGAGAAACAUAAGAAAACCCUGGAGGAGAUGAAGAAAAAACAUGAAGAGGACGCCAGAAAGGCAGCUGAAAAUGCCAAUGAAUCCCAAAAGAAACUUGUGGAGGAAUUAGCUUAUCAGAAGAAAGAAUAUCAGAAGGAAAUGAAUGAGUUACUGAAACAUGUCAUCAAAAGGAAUUCCAGUUAUUACAAGAUCAAGAGAUUACUGGAAAAACAGGAAAAUGAAAUGAAGAAAGUGAAGGAUGAGGAUAAAAAAGAGGAACUCCAGGAAACUCAUGAAAAAGAAUUAGUUACGCUUAUGCAAGAAAUCUUAUCAGAAGAGAUCAAUGACGCAUCAGCCUGCAGCGUUAUGUGA